UGAUAAUCACUAUAGUAUAUAGUAUACUUAUCUGGAGUUUGGACUUAGUAAAACACUAUAACAAUCAUAAGUUAUUUAACAAGUGUACAUUUUCUUUAAACUUAAUAAAUAUAACUACUUUUGUAAUACUUUAGACUUUAGUCAUGUUUUAUAUUGUUGGCUUAGGGCUAGGGGGUGUCAAAGAUAUAACCGUAAGAGGAUUAGAAAUUGUACGAAAUGCAGAACGAGUUUAUUUGGAGUCGUACACAUCAAUUUUACCUGAAGAUAAACUAAAAUUAGAAACAUUUUAUGAGAAACCACUGAUCGAAGCUGAUCGAGAAAUGGUGGAACAAUCUGCUGAUGAAAUAUUGGAUAGCGCUCAUGAAAAAGAUGUUGUAUUACUUGUAGUUGGCGAUCCUUUUGGGGCGACUACACAUGCUGAUAUACUCUUAAGAGCACGGGAUUUGAACAUCAACACUAAAGUAGUUCAUAAUGCUUCAAUAUUAAAUGCAAUAGGAUGUUGUGGACUCCAGCUGUAUCAUUUUGGAGAAACUGUAUCUAUACCUUUUUGGACAGACAUCUGGCGGCCUUCAAGUUUUCUUAAUAAAAUAAAUCAAAACAAAGCAAUAGGCUUACAUACAUUAUGCUUACUUGAUAUUCAAGUUAAAGAACCAACAUGGGAAAGUAUAACUAAAAAAAAAAAAGAAUAUCAACCUUCCAGAUUUAUGGAGGUAAAAGAAGCUUGUUCACAGUUACUGCAAAUUAUUAACAAAGGAGAGUUUGAAGAAGUAAAUUAUGUGUCAAGAGAAUGUUUGUGUGUUGGCGCGGCUCGUGUUGGAUGGCCAGAUCAAAAAAUUGUUGUAGCUACUUUAGCAGAAAUGGCUGAUGUAGAUUUAGGACCACCAUUACAUUCCAUGGUUAUUGUUGGUAAAUUACAUCCAAUAGAAGAACAAUUUUUAAAACAAUUUUUUAUUAAUAAAACAUAAAAAAUUCAACAAACUAAAUGUAAAUACUGUUAAUGGUUGCUACCACUCCAAAAUGCAUAAAUCCCAGUCAACUUUUCAUACUUUUGCACCUGGUAUUUUGUUAAACUGCAAAGUGAGAACUAUUUUAAUUUUAAUUAUUUUUAAUGUGUGACAAUCACGAUUAAGACUUUAUGUCGCGUGACUAAAAUGGCUAUUUAUAAAGUUAAAUUAAAUCUUUUAACUAAAAAAAAAAAAUUGUCCAGUUAGCAUGGCCAGUUGUAGCACAUUUAAGAAUUUCAGGUUGACGACAAAUUGUUUUGCUUACCCUUCCCCCAAAAAAAUCUACCAUCGUUUUAAUAAAUCUCUUAUAAUAUUUCUGUACUCUAUAAAUCAAAACAUAAAAGUUAAUAAGUAUAGAAAAACAAAUAUUCAUAUUCUAAAUGAUGGUGCUUUCUGGAAGUUAAAUUGUAAAAAUUAAAUUAAAUUAUUUAAUAACAAAAAAAUUGUUGGGCUAUUCCGAAGAAUAAUCGCUAAACAAUAUAAUAUAGGUAGCCUAAUUAAUUUUCAUAACUAGGUACUAUUAUACAACAUUUCUCCCUUUGUUUCUUGAUUGUUACAUUAGAUUAGAUUUUUUUUUUUUUUAAUUAUAAAUAAUAAUUUGAAAAUAAUGACAUUCGAAUUACAUUUUUAUUGGCCUUUCCAAAAAUUUGUUAAUUUAAAUAAAUUAUUAAAUAAUAUAUUUAAUUUAUUGCAUACAUUUUAUUUAAAAAUAAUUUGUUUGUAUUUAAAUGAAAAAAAGUAUUUAGUUUAAAUUAAAAAUAUCCUGUUGGCGCAACUGCUAAACCAUCAAUAUUAACUGUACAUACAUUUUAUUAAUUUAAUUGC